AGAACCACAACACAACCACCACAAGGUUCUUGUUCUAUAUUCUUAUUAUCAUUAGCGACCUCCAUCAUCACCAUCACCUCGACUUAUUGCACCCGCUCUAUUGUCUCUUUCCGUUACAAUCACUCCCCCGUUAUGUCGUUUGUGCUCACCUACCUCAUCCUCCUCUCGAUGACGGAACCCGCGCAGCAGCGCGGCCUUUGAGUUCAAUAGUUCGUUGUCCACUACUCCUCCGCUCGCUCCGCCCGCUCCGCCCGCUCCGCUUACCGGCCAUAUUUCUAUAACAAAUCCCCCUACCUUCCACCGACUCUUCCUCUCGCGGGUUAUAAUUGCCCUUCUUCUUUCAUCUGUCACCUACUGUUCGCCUUCAACUAGCGCAGCAAGACCUUGCUACCCCCGCUCCCAUACACGAUAUCUCCGUUCUUAUGCUCCCUGUCGCACGCCAGCGUCGCCCCACUCCGUGCUCGUGUGAGCUUUUGCCCGGAUUCUUGCCUGGAGCUCUUCCACUGCGCCCAUUCCUGUGACACGCUGUAGGCUGCGAUAUCAUUGUAUACGGCCUCUUGUUACUAUUAGUAAUAGUAAUAAUACCUUCGGGGGACUUGCAUUCUUUGCUUUGGGAAAGAAAGAGUUGCUGCGAAUUGUCCAACCGUCUUUGCGAAAUGGAAAAAGCUGACACUGUUGAUGUGAGCUGGUUGCAUCAUUCUCAAAAAGACAAUCUUCUUCGAACCAAAUCUGCGCCUUCAGUUCCCAUAAAUUCCUCACAACCAAUAACUCCAGAGCCACCAGUACUUGCCAGUUCACUCCCAACAGAAAAUUACGAACCCGCCAAUGUCGUUUCGUCUACAGGUGUAUCCAGGUCAUUAACUCCUCCGGUGAUGAACCCCCGGCAGCCACCGACACAGCAGAGGAAGGGGACCUUGAAUGCGGUAGAGCAGAGUGAAUCUACGCCUUCGCCGGCACCCUUGGCUACCAAUGGGACCACAGGCAAAUCAUCCAGCGCAAAACAGCCUACGACCGGUCGGCGCAAUUCAUGGAUCUCCAGUUUAAGCCAGAAAUUAUCUUCGAGCGGUUCGGUUUCUCCGACGCAAAGCAAUGUGAAGGAUGCCAAUGCGAAGCAACCAGCUCAGAGUCCUCGAACAGAACUCCACAACCCAUUUGGCGCAUCUUUCUCUCCCAAGGAAAAGACAGACAAGCAAGAUGAUACCCCGACUCCCUUCGAUUCUCGUUCUCCAAAGAGCCAUCCUUCCUUCUUUCAUAAUGCCCUCCGCAAACUUUCAUCUUCCUCUUCGUCCGUCGGUGGUGCGUUAGGAAAGAUCGCGACACAGGGAGUGAUUCCCGAACGGCGAGUUAUGAAUGUCGAUCAGCAUCGCGAUAGAUGUAAGAUUGCUGAGCUGAACCAGGCUAAGCUCCGGCGUGUUGCGUUUUGUGUCGAUGUGGAAAUUGCGGGGACUUCUCGCCGGUCUGAAUCCGAAGAGGAAGCUACACCGCAACAGCCUACACAGCUGUCGUCGCAACCGCCACCGCAAACGCCAUCGCAGGCGGCCCCUGCGAAGAAGAAAUCCACAAUGGCCGAUCAAAUCAGAGUUUUCAAGAGACAAGACUCUAAGCCCGCCGUGGAGAAGGCUGAACCAUCGCAACCGGGUGCUAAUGGCGAACCAACCGAGGUCCCUUCAAGUACAGCUGCUAGCGAGACGACACCGUCGAAACCCGCUAAGGAAAACGAAAAGCCCCCUGGUACCAAAGAGCAAACAAGAAAGCAGGAAAAGAAGAAGAGGUCAGAAGAAGAGCGGAAAGAACGCAAGGAGAGAAAGAGAAGGCAGGCCGAAGCGAACGGGACCAUUCCACUUCAGUUUACUCGUGACAAAGGAUCGUCUUCUCUCCGUCCCACCCGAGGUCAGGAUCAACCAACGACUGACCCUGUACGAAUAUAUCGCCGCUGUUGUCAACUACGGGAAACCGGGGUUUUGAAGAAGAUAGUUGAACAGAUCUCUUCACCAUCUUCGGGCCUUGCAGAGUCUCCUGGGACUGUUGCUGUUCUAGAUCUCAGUGGCCUUUGCAUGACCCUCCCUGAUAUUGUUACCUUCGCCGACUGGCUUGCCAUCGUUCCCGUCCGCAAGCUACUAUUACAAAAUUGCGGCCUCACUGAUGAAGCGGUGCGGGUGAUCCUAUCAGCGCUGCUGUCCACAAGGACGAUCGAAGAAUCAAGGUUACGAAGAAAGAGUGGCAGGAAACACGGCGACGAUGCAUCCCAGAGGGGAGAGAGAGCGGGCGUAAUAGAAAAGCUGUCUUUGAAGGAUAAUCCCAAGAUCGGCCACGAUGGAUGGCGGCACAUCGCGCUCUUCAUUCAUAUGUCAAGAUCCCUCAUCGGAAUCGACUUGUCUGGAAUCCCUUUCCCGCAAACUCCGGCCACCACAACCAGACCAAUUAGUCCCUUAUCAAAAGCCAGUAAACAACCUGCGACAGUAUCCACUGUCUUCGCGAAGGCAUUGUCUGAGCGACUUGCGGGAAACCACUUGGAAGAGCUAGUAAUCAGCGAAUGUUAUCCAUCUUCUGAAGAUCUUUCCAAGAUUUGCGAUGCGGCGACAGCUGUGGAAUUACGAAGAUUGGGAGUUGCACACAAUAACAUGACGGCGGAAGGAUUGGGACAUGUCAUUCGCUAUUUGCAGGCUGGUUACUGCGAAGGACUUGACUUGGGAGGAAACAAUCUGGGUGACCAUCUAGGGCCGCUGUCGUCCGCCAUUCAAAAAGCAAAGGAUCAUCCGCUCAGUGCUCUAAGCCUGGCGGAUUGUUCAUUGACGCCAAAACCUCUAUGCUCUGUCCUCCAAGCGCUGACCUGUUUGCCUAAUUUCCGAUUUAUCGACCUCUCCCAUAACCCGAACCUUUUUGCAAGCCAGCCGGACUCUUUAACGACCUUACGACGCUAUCUUCCCCAAAUGGCUGAAUUGAAACGAAUACACUUGGCGGGUGUCAGCCUCUCUCCAGAUCAUGCCAUAGCUCUUGCAGAGAUAUUACCCGAUUGCCGUCGGCUAUGUCACAUUAAUAUCUUGGAGAAUCCCACCAUUGCCGCUUUGGCUUCAGCCAAGGACGCACCCACCCAGGAAGAAGCUUGCGCAUUGUACGCGUCGUUGAUGACAGCCGUUCGCAUCUCACACACCCUCAUCGCAGUAGAUAUCGACGUCCCGACGGCAGAUAAUAACGAAGUUGUCAAAGCCCUCGCAUCACAAAUUGUGGCCUACUCUCUUCGGAACCUCGAGCGUGGUGAACUUGUGGAGGAGCUUUCUGAUGGCUCAACACCGGAAGAGUACCCAGUUCCCGUCCCCGAUAUCCUUGUGCAUAUUGUUGGAAAUGUGGAUGAUGUAGGAGAUGAUCCUACGAAGCUGGCUCCGGAUGAAGACUACGUUAUUGGCGGUACUGGGCUGGUAAAGGCUCUUGGGGUUUGCCUUGGUAAUGCCGACCACCAUUCCCUGGAGACUUUGGGCGAUAUAACUCCCCCUCCCAGCGGCACUUCUACGCCACUUCGGCGCGCUAGCAGUGUUGGAAAUAAAAAGCCACGGGACAUGUCGAAGAACCUUCUCAAUUCUGCACGGAGAAUACGUGUGCGAUUACAGCCGGUUCUUGUCAGGGAAGACAGGGCCGGUAAUGAAUCGAAUUAUCGACGACUACAAUUCCUUGAUGUUACCCUACAACGGAUGAUCCAACGUUUCGAAGAUGAAUUUCCAGAUACCCGCCUUUCUACCGACUCAGACACAAGGGACACCCUUCCUCAACGGACCCCGUCCCAAUCAUCCGCGGGCGAAUCUGCAGAACGGUCUAAACUAGAUGAUCCCGCAAACCUGGACGCAAUUCAAUUAAGCCAAAGCCCGGAUCAAGAUCAAUAUCCAGACGCAGCCAUUGACGACGAAGACGGGGACCGUUACGCCAUCCGCUUAUCCCGUACCAGCUCAAACACAUCCCUCCACUCCAAAGCCCUGACCUCCGAAGAAGGCAGGGUCCACCGUUUCCAGCAGCAUGUCCGCCGGGAUAUUCUUAGCACCGAUCUCGAGGCUGAGCCGGAUACCCCCUCCCAAGGCCCCGACGAGACGCAGAUCCACGCCUUACGCGAAAAGCUCGAGCGUCUCCGGAGUAGUGAGAUGCAGUCUCGCAUCGAGCUUGUUGGACCUGACAAGGCGCUUGAAGAGCUGGGGGCGAAUAUGGAAGAGUUACUUGCGCUGCGCGAACGGGAUCCGGAGUCGUUUGAGAGCUUCAAGGCGAGCCAGAUUGCUGCGCAGAUUAAUGCCGGGUUGGUGGGAGAAGGGGAGGGAGAGGGUGAACGGGAAGCAAGUGAACAACCCCCUCCCUAGAUUCUAUUAACCCCACAGUAAGCCCUCUUUUUUCCUGUAGGGGUGGGAGGGGGGAUAAACAAAUUACACUUUGUCUGCUGCAAAUCUCACUCCAGGCUACGAAAUUUCAGCUCCCUCUUUUCCAACUUUCCGAUUUUGAGUGUGACACUUCUAUUUUAUUCAUUGACAAAUUUUUACGAAAUCUUUUGCAUAUUUCCUGUGCGAUUUCCCUCUACGCGCGAAACUUGGUCUGUACUAGGUUUGGGGGAGAACCAAACAAAGAGAUUAGCCCUGGGUGCUGUUUUUCUUUUUUUCGUUUCCAUUCUCACUGCUGCUAGCCGUUUCUGCGGAAUGCCACUCUUCGUAUAUAUAUGUACAUGUACAUACGAAUUGCGUAUAUGCACCCAACUGAAAGCUCACACACCUGUACUGUUUUGUUUCAUCCAUGAUACACUCUUCUUUGACUCGCUUUUUCUUAUUUUUAUUUUUAUUAUUUUUAUUUUUAUUAUUUUUUUGAGGGCAGAGGCAACCAACCCUCUUGCAUUCUUCACACUUAGCACCAGGAGCACAGCGAGAAGCGAGAAAAAUAACGGCCUUAACUUUUUUUCUAUAUUUAAUAUAUUUUUAUUCCACCUAUCUAUUCAUGCUGAUGAUUUCUCGUUUUCGUUUCUUCCUCCUAGUCUCCUUUUGUUUUCCGACUGCUGACUUUCUUCCAUUGUAUGUCCUUGCGUUUUCAAAGGAUAAUGCGGAAUUUUUUCCUGUCGUGUUACACAUAUUUAGUAGUGGAAGCGGAUGCUUUAUUUCACCCGCGAGAUGGAAUUUGCUUCAAUAUUUAAUACGUUCAUCAUUCUCCA